AUAAAAGUACUCUCUCUUUCUCUCUCUGUUUCUGUGCUCUUCUGGAGGCGUGAGCAGGUUGAGGGAUGGCUUUUGGGCUUUGGAUGCUGAUAUAAGAGAGCAACUCCGGACAUGUUGCUUCAUUGUCAGCACACACAGUGGUAUUAAUCUAAGCCUUGGAUAUCAUUGACAACAAGAGCACAGUUAUCACUCUAAAGGACGAUGAGAUUGAAGAGGGUUCUGAUCCUGCUGGUGCUCAUCUCUUUAUGCGUCGCUGAGAAGAAGAGCACUCAAGAAACAUGGGAGCACAGAGACAAAACAAAUGGCAAAAGCUGCUCAAACCUGACCCAAGUGCUGGACAACUGGAAAUAUGCCAUCAUGUACCAGGUGAAGGAUCUGCUGGUCAAUGACCAUGCUUCAGUCUUACCUGAAUAUGUAAGGAUCAAGUCUCUGUCUGAUGCAGUAGAUGACCUCUACAAGCAAUUCAACACCCUGAAGGACAACCUGGCCAAACUCACCAGUAAAUUUGACAAGGUAGAGGACUUCGUGGAUGAGCUGCAGGCAGGGAAAAUACCUAAAGCCUGGUUGUGGAAGACACCACAGCAUCCACCUGCGAGAGUGCCGACUCAGACACCAAUGAGGGCCUCAGGUAGAGGACAGUGGAUUCGGCGGGCAAGAGCCAGGAGAGGGCCUGGUACUUAGUGGACAUUAGUGGAAUUUUAUUGGGAUAUUGAUAGGGUGGGUUUAUUACAUACACUAAUAGUAAAAAAAAAAAAAAGAAAGGUCAUUGGAUAAAUAAGGACCCUUAGCUUGCUAAAUGAGUUCCACUUGGAACUGUUUUGGAUAGGGAAAUGGUUCCUUCUAUGGUACAACCAAAGAGCCCAUAAGGGUUUUAAAUGCCUUUGAAUUGGAUUUCUAUAUUACAAAGUACGUUGUAAAACCGGAUAAGUUCAUUUAACUCAGAAAAUU